CGUAUAGUCGAUAAGUCAGACGGUAAAACAGAUUAUCGAUAAAUUAUCGACGUCUGACCGCGUAUGCGCCACGGCAACCCCAAUGAACACGUGGUGGGGUGAAGUUCUAGAGCGGGGAUGCUGGACCGUCACGUGAUGGGGAAUUCCACUUCCGCUCCGGCAGGCGAACGGAGCAGUUGGGUGUGCUGAGGGAGCUGGGAAUUCGCCGUGUAUAGGGUCUUUAUAGGGGAAAUUUACUCUGAAAAGUGAGAUAAGGUUUUUUAGUAGUGGGAAAAUCGUUAAUUGUGCCUGUGAAGGGGGGAGUGGGAGAUAGUGACUUUCUUUUUGUCCUGGGCUGAGUUUUCUCGGUCCAGGGAUAGAGAAACGGAGGGAGGGUGCCCUCCCAAGUGGCCGAGCCAUGCCGCUUGGGAGCAGAAAACGGAGAAUAAAAGAAAAGUUGAGAAUUAAAAGUAAAAGCUGUGGUGAAAACGAUGAAGUGCAUGUGGACUGUGAUCUAAAUCUGGAAAAACCUAGUAGUGAUGGCGAGUGGGAAGCGGAAUAUCUUGAGGAAGAUGUUGAAGCAAGGGAAUUUUUUGCCGGAAAAACGGCCAACGUAAAAACACCUCAGAGGGAGCUGAAGGUGGCGGAUAUUGUGGCGGAAUUCGAACAUAGGGAUUUAGGAGAAGUAACCAAUCAGCAGGAGCCGUGUAAAGCACGGAUGGAAACGAAUAUAGAAGAAGCAAGCUUAGUAGUUGGCAACAUUGAAAUUGAAACAGAAGGACCGUUAGGAUCUGGAAGCGUCGUAGUUGGAAACGUAUUAGAAUGCCCUGAUCAGACAAAGGUGGAAUCAAGAAGAAAAAGGCUGAGGACCACAAGUGAGGAAGGUACGGAAGAAAGUACACAAGAUAAGGAAGCAACGUUGGAAAGAGACUCUGUGGAAUCGCCAAGGAUUUUUGGAAACUUGGAAGCUUCAGAAGAGAACGGACUACCUAACAAAGGAACGGCCGCUCCCCAAUCUGAAUUUAACACAUCGAAAGGGCGGAGCUUGUGUUCAGCGAGAUGGCGGCCGCCAACGAAAUUUUGAGGAGAGCCGAUGCUAGAAACGUUUGCUUCGAUGCGUAUCUGCCACAGCGCAAGAGAACGAGAAAGGGAGUGCUUACGGAUUGGGAAGAAUCAGUCGAUGCCCUUGAAGAGGCGCUCAUGCCAGGACAACCGGAAGCAAAGUUCGAAAGACUGAAAAGGAAGACGAAUAAAGAUGGGAAAAUAGAAUGGGUUGAGGGAAUUGCCAUUUUGGCAACUUUCAAGGGGGAUCAAUUGCCAAAGGAAUUGUGGAUUGGCUACGGUCAUGUGAGCGUUAGGGUUAUACCGUACGUUGAAUCGGUUAAAUAAUGCUAUAAGUGUUUUGGAUUCGGUCAUGAGCAACGACAAUGUAGAAACAAGUUCAGAAGGUGUAUCAAGUGCCUAGAAAAUGAACAUGGCCCGUGUGAAAGGCCAGUGAAGUGUCUAAAUUGUGGGGGAGAUCACACUAGCCUAUCAAAGGGCUGCUGGAAAUAUCAAAGAGAAAAAGCUAUGUGAACCUGGCACCCGACUUUUAAAAAAUUAACUUUUUUUUUUCA